AUGUAUUUUCUUCAGUUUCUGCCCUAUCUAUCUAUCUAUCUAUCUAUCUAUCUAUCUAUCUAUCUAUCUAUGAGUCUGGACGAACUGUUGACAUCCGUUGUCUUCCUCUCUUCCUAUCUUUCUCUCACCCCCUUCUCUCUCUCUCGCCCUCUCUCUCUACCUCCAAAAAGUGAUAUCUACGAUGUAACUGAUCCUCUUACUCUCUCUCUCAUUCUUUCUCUCUCUCUCUCUCUCUCGCUUCCCCCAAAACCUGAGAACUACGAUGUAACUCAUCCUCUUCCUCUCAUUGACUCUCUUUCGCUUCCUACAAAAACUGGUAUCUACGAUGUAACUCAUCCUAUUCCUCUCUUCUCCUCUCUCCCAUUCUCUAUUUCUCUCUCUCUCUCUCGCUUCCUCCAAAAAGUGAUAUCUACACAGAAACUCAUUCUCUUCCUCUCUUUCUAUCACUCCCUCUCUCUCACUCUGUGUAACUCAUCAUCUUCCUCUGUUUCUCUCUCUUCCCCUCUCUCUCUCACUCACUCUCUCUCGCUUCCUACAAAACUGAUAUCUACGCGUGAUAUCUACGAUGUAAUUCAAACUCUUUCUUUCUUUCUUUCUUUCUUUCUUUCUUUCUUUCUUUCUUUCGCUUCCUCCAAAAUGUGA